UGAGAGGCGGCCUUCUGCAGCCGCCCCACCAGCUUUUAGGUUGCCGCCGCGGAAUCGCGAGCCCGGGACUAGACGACCCGUGGUGGCGGCCCGGGACCGGAAGCGGGUACGGCUGAGGUAAUUUCCGGCGGGUGACGGUGCGGACGGGUCAGAGGCGUAGAGGCGGCGGCAAAAUGGCGGCGCCUGAGGAGCGGGACUUAACCCAGGAGCAGACGGAAAAGCUGCUGCAGUUCCAGGAUUUGACUGGUAUCGAGUCAAUGGAUCAAUGUCGUCAUACCCUGGAACAACACAACUGGAACAUAGAGGCAGCUGUACAGGACAGACUGAAUGAGCAAGAAGGUGUACCAAGUGUCUUCAACCCACCUCCGUCCCGACCCCUGCAGGUUAAUACAGCUGACCACAGGAUCUACAGCUAUGUUGUUUCAAGACCACAACCAAGGGCAAGUUAUUUUGCAGCUGGGGAUAUUCUUUCUCCUCCAUUUCACAAGGGAUUACUAGGAUGGGGUUAUUACUUGAUUAUGCUUCCAUUCCGAUUUACCUAUUAUACAAUACUUGAUAUAUUUAGGUUUGCGCUUCGUUUUAUACGUCCAGACCCUCGAAGUAGGGUAACUGACCCUGUUGGGGACAUCGUUUCAUUUAUGCGCAUAUUUGAAGAGAAAUAUGGGAGGACACAUCCUGUCUUCUACCAGGGAACAUACAGCCAGGCACUAAAUGAUGCCAAGCGUGAACUUCGCUUUCUGUUGGUCUAUCUUCAUGGUGAUGAUCAUCAAGAUUCUGAUGAUUUUUGUCGCAAUACUCUUUGUUCACCUGAUGUUGUUUCGCUUAUAAACAAUAGGAUGCUCUUUUGGGCAUGUUCCACAAACAAGCCUGAGGGAUACAGGGUGUCCCAAGCUUUGCGAGAGAAUACAUAUCCAUUCCUAGCUAUGAUCAUGUUGAAAGAUCGGAGAAUGACUGUGGUCGGUCGGUUAGAAGGUCUCAUUCAACCUGAUGAUCUCAUUAACCAACUGACAUUCAUCAUGGAUGCAAACCAGACAUACCUGGUUUCUGAACGCUUGGAGAGGGAAGAGAGAAACCAGACUCAAGUGCUGAGGCAGCAGCAGGAUGAAGCAUACCUGGCUUCCCUUCGGGCUGACCAGGAGAAAGAACGGAAAAAGCAAGAGGAGCGUGAGCGAAAGCGACGAAAGGAGGAAGAAGUACAGCAACAGAAAAUGGCAGAAGAGAGGCGACGACGGAAUCUACAGGAGGAGAAGGAGCGGAAGUCAGAAUGCCUACCACCUGAGCCACCACCUGAUGAUCCUGAAAGUGUUAAGAUCAUUUUCAAGUUACCCAAUGAUUCCAGAGUAGAGAGACGAUUCCAUUUUACACAAUCUCUAACAGUAAUCCAUGACUUCUUGUUCUCCUUGAAGGAAAGCCCUGAGAAGUUUCAGAUUGAGGCCAACUUUCCCCGACGGGUGCUGCCCUGCCUUCCCUCAGAGGAGUGGCCCAACCCCCCCACGCUGCAGGAGGCUGGACUCAGCCAGACGGAAGUGCUUUUUGUUCAGGACCUAACAGACGAUUGACGCUUUUGCCCUCGGCCCCACUCCCUCUAUCCCCAAAAGAAAACAAAAUGAAAAAAAGAGAAAUUCAUAUUAUUAUUAUAAUACAAUAUUUUUUUUAAAAGACUGCUGCAUCCUAAGAGGGCAGGGGUGGGGGGACUGGGGAUCAGAAACCAUGCUGCCUGUAUCAACCACAACCUGUGUGGUUCGUGAGAGAGGGAACCAGCAAGUACGUCUGUUCUACAAUCCCAUUGCUUCCCUCCUGCCUGUGUACCGAGCCCCUGCUUUCCAUUCACAGGGAGGGAUACGAGAGAGAAUGCCUCUUCUGAUCGACCCAUAACUCUUUUGGUGGGAUGGGACACUCCCUCACCAGUUCUCAUUCUUUAUAGCUUUUAUAGAAAAAUAAUAAAACCACCAACAACCAACUAUAUCCCAACGUCUACUGAAGAAUUGCUCCUCUUGCCUCUAUGGAGAGGAGAUUCAGGGAAGAGAAGGGACAGACAGAGGUGUUUCUUCAAUUUCCCACUACAUAUAAAUCUUUUUUUUUUUCUGUUGCUUUGUAAUGACCAAAGGAAUGGGGCUGACAUUUUUUUCCCUUGAUUUUAUUUGCUAAAGAGCCAAGCGUUACCAGAUAAAUUUUUGUCCCGGGUCUCUUAUGUAAUAAAGGCUUAGUGGGUUGGUUUGUGUUGAUGCCCACUCUUGUCCUCUACAGCUCUCCACAGAGGCUGUUGUAGUCUACAUUCUUGUACUUAGAGCCCACUCCCAUGCAAACACUGUUGUGUGUGAAUCAAUGGGUGAACUCUGUAGCCCACUCAGCAUCUAUGUAAUACCACACAGAAUACCACUACACACAAGUGUAGCUUUUUCAGAGGUCUCAAUCAGAUGGUUAGUUUGGAGUCUGAACCAAAGGAUGUUAGCUUUUCUUUCCUGUUGUCAUACAGGAAUCCUCACUUCCUCCUACCCCAUUCUCUACUCCUUUCUCCCCAGAGAUUUCCGGUUACAGGGUUGAGCCUACAGAGAAACAGGAGUUACCCUGUUUGUGUGUAAGUGUGUUGCGGUGUAACUUUAUUUUUAUUUUUAAGUACAAAAGAAAUAAAGGCCUUGAAGGGAAUAUGGGCAGGAAUUAUAUGCCUAAAGUGGAAGGCAUGUGUGUUUCUCCUGUAGAUGCUUGCUUGAGGCAAGCAAUUAUUUCUGUCCCCUGAAUGUUGUGUUGAAGUCAUAGGGCCCUUGGACCAGAGAUUAAUAGGCUGUGUAUUACAUACCUGAAGCUCUAGCCCAGACGUUGAGUUUAUGAUAGUGAGAAUCUAAUUUAGGGCGCUGAGGUCAGUAUGAGCUGAUGGGUAACCCAAACUGUUCUGUAGUGAAACUAAUGGCUACUGGGGAUAGAGAUGCAACCUACUGAGACUGCAGGCCCCAACGUGCUAUGGGGCCAAUGUAUUCAGAUCAAGAUAGGACUUAAUUUGUUGGACCUUCAGACUCCAGAGGCUGCAUCUCUUAUUUAACUUUAACUUAAGGGCAGCUAUUUUAUGUUCCACAUUAUCAGUGUUCAGUUCAUCCCUCUCAUCAGGGAUGUCACCAGUGAGGGCAGAGUACGGGACCACUCAAAAGUCACCAGGAGUUCUGUGAAUAUCUCAUUGGCUUUGACGUAUGCAACCAUAUCUAAUUCAUCAACUCGAGUAGAGUUAAUUUUUUUCCAAGGACUUAUUACUUUUCAGCCUAAUUUCCUACAAUUUCAGGACUGGAUUAAAAAACAAACCACAAGCAUAUAUCUUAAAAGCUGUCUUCACAGGGACCUUAGAAAGACAAGCCAAGUUCUUCAUUCAACCCUAUAUGAAGUCUGUUAGUGUCAGACUAGAUAGGAGAUAAUUUUCAAUUUAAUCCUGAGCCACCCUCCCUGCUUGGAGUAAUACAGGUAUAUCCUCUCAGCAGGACAUGGAAGGUUAGUAAAUACCUUAAUAAAUUCUCAUGUUUUUCAAAGGAUAGUGUUAUGCAGAGAUGGAGUCCAUUUGAUCUCAUUUUCUUUUUCAGUCAUUUCCCUCCAGUUCUUUAUUAAACCUCUGACUUGGUUUAGAAUGCUCCCCUCCUGUCUCUCUUGCUUUUUGAUAACUGUGUGAUUGGGUGGAAGGGAUUGGGUUGGGGACAAGGCUCUAGAUAGCUGCUACUUUGGGGAACACCUUGCCUGUUGUGUUUGCCUUAAGGAGACUACCUGAACCCCCUUCUCCUUCCUUUUCAAACUUAGCCUCUAAUUGAGGUUAACACUUGUUCUACUGUCUCUAGGUACAGUCUCCUUCCCUUGAGUUUUACACUUGAUGCCAAUACAAUAUUACUAAAGUGGAACUCGGGGCAUGGGGGUGGUGAGUGGUUGAGAUGUUCAUUGAAACCUACAAGAGAAUGGUGAACAGUGUCCACAUAAUCUCUGAGGUCUUUGAGCAGUUGUUUACAAGAGUCACACUCAGCAGCUGGGGGGGCGGGGGCAGGAGAAUGAAGUUCAGUUCAGGUCUAAAGAACUCCCAAUUUUGAGGUUGCCGAUUCAGCUGAACCUCAGUUGGAACAUGACUAAGCAAAGAUACCUGAAUUGAAGUCUCUUGGAUUUGUGCAGCUUAAGCAUUCUGCCCUCCAAGCCUUUCCUUACAUAUCUGCAGAAUAUCCGCAACAGAUUUUUCUUUCUCUCCCCUUGUUUGAACCUGGUCAGAAAUUUGUGAGAUGACAUCGGAGAAUCUUUCAAAACCAAACCAAACCCAACGAAUGCAAGAACCCUAAAAAGAACUUGGAACCUUCGACUGAGCAGUCAUUAUGAAAAUUGCAAAUGGUGCCAAGGCCCAAGAAAAAGCUGCAGAAAGUGACCAAGCAGGGAUUGAAACCUCUGAAUGCAGAAUUGAUGGAAUGGAGUGUUGCCAUCUUGUGCUCAAACAAGGGGCCCCACUUAACAUCUUUUUUCAUCAUUAUUAAAGACUUGUGAAGAAUGCAGCAAUGGGAAACCUAUCCUGAAAAGGAUGUAAUGACCCUACCUAUACUGCACCUGAAUAGUUACGUGGUCAUUUACUGAAUAAAUCUAGUGUACUUAAAAUUCUUUUCAUAAAGUUUACAUUGUAUUGUAGGUUAACAUUAAAUGUUUUAUAACAAAGUGCA